AUGGGCGUGGGACCCCUGGUGGUAGAAGUCUUAGUGACGUUUGUGGUAGCGGCUGUGGUGCUUUUCCACUAUGGCAAUUGGUAUCGUCAUCAUAUCGUGGUCACAGUCGCAGUACUGGUGGCCUGGUAUUUCUCUAUGCUCAUCGUCUUUAUUCUGCCACUUGACGUGUCCAAUACCAUAUACCAAAACUGCCUCCCAGAUGUAGCUGAUCCACUGAAGGUGCAGAAAUUACUUCCUGCAACCCCAAGCAACUUGACCAAUGAGACCAGCCUGCUCUCAGACCCACUUGACGAUGGCACUGUUACAAAUAUCUCAGUGACAACAGUGGCUCCCUCCCCCAUCCCUCCCCCUAUACCCGGCUGCCACAAGCCCUGGAGUUUUGUGCCGGCUGGAGUCUUUCCUGUGUUUUGGAGGGUUGUCUACUGGACCUCACAGUUUCUUACCUGGUUGAUCUUGCCUCUCAUGCAGUCGUACACUAAGGCUGGAGACUUCACCUUCAGCACCAAGCUCCGAUCCGCCCUCAUAGACAAUGCCAUUUACUAUGGAUCGUACCUUCUUAUUGUAGGGAUACUGCUUCUCUACAUUGCCCUGACAAAUCUUGAAUUGGAUGGAGCAAAACUCAGAGCCAUUGCUGCCUCUGCCUCCAACACAUGGGGUCUGUUCUGGCUGGUGUUACUUCUUGGCUAUGGGUUAGUGGAAGUUCCGCGCUCCAUUUGGCACUCCGCCUCCACUCUGCACACACUCCACCAUGCAUACUUCCGUGCAGCAAAGCUCUCCCAAGAAAAAGCUGAAGCUAAUGAGCAUGUCAGUGAUUUGCUACAGAGCAUGCGGGCCCUGGGGGGAAGCAUUGGCUUGGGCCACCCACUACGUUCACACAUGGACGUCAUUGAAAACAAGGUCCCUUCAGAGCUCCUGGAUAGAGUUCGCCAACACCCCACCCCUGACUCCCCACAUGCAGAUGUACCCUCCGAGAAGGCACUCGUCAGGUUGCACAAGCAGUUGAUAAAGGCCCUGCAAAACCAGAGACGUGUGGAGACUCAGUGGGGGUUGCUAGUGGAGAACAUUGCAUACUUGGAAGACACACACCGGAAUGCAGUCUCUCAUGAUACCUCUUUCAAGCACUCAACUCCUCCCCGAAGGCAUUAUCUCAUCUCUUAUGUUUAUACCCCUACUGUAGAGUGGUUGUGGCGCUGUCGCAUCCGAGGCUACCUACUGCGUUCAGUGGCCGUGUGCUGUGCUCUGGUGUCCGUGGCAGUGGUGUGGUCCGAGCUCACCUUCUUCAGCACCUCCCCCACCAUCUCACUUUUUGCUGUCUUUGUCAACCUCGCCAAGGCCAGCUACGAUUACUUCACCAUCGAGGUCAUAUCAUCCCUAACCAUGGCGUACAUCGCUCUGUGUGCAUACUCCACCCUCUUCAAGAUCCGUGUACUCAACCUGUAUUACCUGGCUCCACACCACCAGACAGAUGAGUACUCGCUCAUCUUCUCUGGGAUGAUGCUGUGUCGACUCACCCCUCCCAUGUGCCUCAACUUCCUCUCCCUCAUUCACAUGGACUCGCAUGUCAUCAAAGUCCAUACGGACGAAACACAUUACACGCAGAUAAUGGGCCAUAUGGACGUGAUCAAGAUUAUCAGUGAUGGCUUCAACAUCUACUUCCCAAUGAUGAUAGUUGCCCUGUGUCUUGCCACCUACUACAGCCUAGGCUCACGGCUCCUCUCUGCACUGGGCUUCCAACAGUUCAUGUCAGAUGAUGACCUCACUUCUGACCUCAUUGAAGAAGGAAAGACACUUGUGAAUAGAGAGACGCGGCGACGCCAAAGGCAAGAGGACAAUGCUGCUCGUCGUAGGGAAUUUGCAGAGAGGUUUGGGGGCGGUGAGUCAUCUGCCAGUAUGUACAGAUCUGCCCGUCAACGUGCCGAGGAGCUAGUGCGUCCCAUAAAACGUGAGGACUCUUCUGAGUCAGCCCACCUGGAGCUCCUCGGGGGCUCAGACAACAUUGCUGACUAUUCAUCCCACACAACCACCUCCUCCUUGACCCUUGAGGAUGAGAUGGAAGCUGGGCGUGGUAGUGCCAGGAUCUCUGGUUUUUCUGGCCUAGCACAAUACUCAAGGGCUAGGACUCACAAGCCUGAUAAAGGCCUGUUCGAUGAUGUCUGAGCCAGCCAUGGUUUGAGUACUGAAGAACUAUCAUGUCUUGUAAUGUGGAAGAUGUCCAUGUUCAUUAAAACUAGAAAUGUCGAUGGCCAUAAGUACUGUGUUUUUAUUUAGUUUAUUAAAUUCAGUGGAAAUGUGUAUGUGUGUGUGAGAGAGAAUGAGAUAGAGAGAAAAUGCGUAUGUGUGUGUAUUUGUAUGAAUGUGUAGGUCUGUGUGGGCAGGUAAGUGCGUGCAUAUAUGCAUCCUGCCAUGCCAUAGUAUGCCCAGAUAUUCAGAAUUUUGAGAAGGUUCUUUGUAUCUAUAUUCCUUCAGAAUGAUACUGAAAGCUAUUCCCUGACUAUCCCCUUGUUGUCUCUUUCUCUCUUUCCCCCUCUUCUCAUAUUGUUGUCCUUAAUUCUCUCCCUUUCCUCCUCUUUGUAGUCAGGUCCUCCUCCAAGAACUCACAAGCUCUUUUCUGUCUAUUCCUGUUCUUCAAGAAGUGGCAACAAGCUAAGAAUGUUUGAUUGUGCAUUAACAUGUAUUUAUAUAUAUGUGUGUGUGUGUUUGUGCGCGCGCAUGUGUGUGUGUGUGUGUGUAUGUUUAAUUUAUAUGUGCAUUUGUGUAUGCUUGUGUUUAUUAGUUAAAAUACAAUGGUUGUCUACAGAUUGGAAGUCGAAGGAGGAGACAGCAGCUAUAUGACACUGGGAAAAUGUAUAUCCUCAGCUAAGUUUAGCUGUAGAACCACAGAACAGAUGACUUUGAAGAACAUUGCACACUUCUUGAAAAAAUGAAAAUGGAAAAAAUAGGACAAAUUGAAAUAGUAUUAUUAAUAAUGAGUACUAAUUUUUCUGAUUUGACUUUAUUUGUAUUCAAUACUAAUUGAUAUUUUUAUGCCAUAAUCUUGUGUUCAUUGCUUAUUGCACCUUUAUUACUUGUCAUUCCUUUGUGAUUAAUUGUGAUUUCUUAGCUUAUGGUUUUGCGUGUGAGAUUGCAUCACAGUUUGUGCUUCCCAAAUCCAUUACUUCAUAUUAUAUUAGAUUGUUUUGUUUUAAAUAUGCAUCCCUUUCAUUUUUUUAUCAUUAUUUGUAUUCCUUUUCUUCUUAAUUUUACUCUGUAUAUCAUGUUAGUUCAAUCUCACACAUCAUUUCAUGACAUUGGUAGUAAUGUGCAAUAAACAUCAGCAGAAAGCAACAAUGCUUUUUACAAGGUGGAUGUGACAAUAUAAGGUAAUGCAAGGAGUUAUUUUCCCCUUUUACAGGUUUGUCAUUGUCUUGUCAAGAUAACAU